AUGUUUGCGGCAACCGAGACUCAUGUGAAUGGCGCCCCAGAGAUCUUGGACGGAGCACAACACUCUGCUCCAAGGUCGUGGAACAACGUGAGGAGAUGGAGAGUACUGAAGAAUCAACCCAGUGCUAAGCACAACGAGCAGGGCCGCUCCGACACAGGGUUGCCCAGUACGGGGGCCAGCGAGAACUGUACCACGAAUUAUAAUGGAUAUCAACGGUCACGCCGAAGCCAACCGACUGCUCUUACCGCCUUCAGACAUGCCAUCGUAUUCCUCGCUUUCUCCCUUCCGGUCGUUGCCCUAGCCCUCGUCGUCAAAGUCCCGCAGUGGUAUGCUUUCGAAGCAGAGCAUUGGGUGUCGAAUUCUUUCACACAUUGCAAUUUCAAUGGCGAGUUUACGCCUCUGGACAAACCCACCUUGGGCGUUUGGGAUCCUGCCGGCUUCUUCUACAUCACGGUCUCAUGGGGCAAAAUGGCUUUCUCGACGGCAAAGUUUAUCGAUAUUGUUUGGGACAUGGCUGUCGGACGCGGAGGACAGGCUUUGCUGGCCUUCGUCACAUUUAAAGUCUCCUCGCAAUACUUGGCCCUGGCCAUGUUGAAAGCACCUGUGUCCUACAAUACUUUUGAGUCUCUAGCGUUUGUACCUCCGACGUUGGUCAGGACAGUUCGACUAGCUGGAGAUCUAUUGACGAACCGGGGCUGGCGCGCGAGGUUGAUCAUGGUUUGGAUCAUCUCGAGCUCGCUGUUCGUUCUCGGCUUUUCCUCCCUGGUCACUGCCAUGUCGGGUUACAGCAGCAAUAUCAAUGCGGUGAUGCCAAACCUCGAAAAUGAGUCAGUCUUGUGGUCUAAUUUUCAAGUGGUUCAGUUCGCAGUCAAUGAUGCUCAGCGAAUUGGCCAUCCUGGACCGUUAUUCGUUACUACGGGAGAUAUCUGUGUUCAAGACGGCUUCCACGACGACGACGACGACGACGACGACAGUGGAAAGUACUAUAAUAAAGAGUAUCUGACCGCGGAAUACCCUCCUAGCCGACGUGCCGCUGCUGAUGAGAACGAGGACGGAAAUGCAGACGGCACUGGGGAGGUGCCUUGGGAGUAUGUCCCGGCCAACUGCACAACGUUUUGGCAUAUUGUGCAAUACGUGAGCACCUAUGGGCUUCAAGGGAAGAUUCAUACUGAAAGCACGAUUACUUUCAAUGGGACGACCCACAAGCUUGCUCCCCCAGCGCUGAAUGUCACCACUUCGUACUCGCCAACCGCACUCUCCACAUUGUCGACGUACCUCAAUACCUUCUCAAUGUCCUCACCGCCAGCUCCGAGUUCGCUCUCCUCGGUAACACAACUCACAGACAACACCUUCUGGGUUUACGAUGAUGAAACUUAUACUUUCUCCUACGUCCUCGACAAUGCCACUUGUCGCUAUUCUAAGUGGCACAACUGGGGCUUCUCGUUCCUCUUCUUGUUUAUUACCUCCCUACUACUUGCGAUAUGGUCAGUCGGGACUUAUGCGCUGUGGUUAUAUACACAUCUACACAAUUCCCAGGACCAUGAGUCUCGUCUCAAUUCAACUGGCGGGAUCUACCGGUCAAGUUUCACUCUUGUUGAGGCUAUGAAACGAGACGUGGGUCCCGGCGCCGUGACCCCAGAGCUAAAGGAAUGCGAGAUCCGCAGCUUAGUCAGUCGACGACGUGGACGUGUGAUCCAUGGCGUCGGCAAUAUAGACGCAGGGCCAUCACCGAUCCUUUGCGAGCCCGAGAAGAACCUGAUCACUUCUCCUUCCACGACCUCACCAAUCAACCAAUUCCCGACGUCGCGCUGGCGGGCCCUGCGCUCCUGGAUGUCUCCACCGACACAUCCGAGACCCAGCCAUGCAGAUGAGAGCCAGUCUUCUGCAAACAGUGUGUUUACGCUCGCAAAUUCAACCUUUUCGUCAACCUCGCAACAUCCCAUCCUCCACUCCCCUGCCGCUCCUGGAAGGACCAUGACCAUGACAUCUCGAAUGUCUUCCCUAGCAUCCCCUCUAACAGAAUCUCCUCCUGAAUUCGGCUACUCACCAGCGACACAGGCAGGCAUCCUCGACGAGACCACCGACGUUCGCAAUAACGACCCCUCGGAGACAAGGAUCUCAGGCAGGCCUCGACCGCGGCUGAGUCUGAGUCGAGCGAUACGCGUAUCAACGCAGGAUGGGACCAAUCCGCGCACGGGCACGGCGCCAUUGCUUUCAGCGUCGUCCUCCCUGGCACCGAAAUGGGUCUCCUCGCCCGGUCCUGUCACGCCCUCAGAUGACUCUGGUUCUACUGUCUCCCCUAUACCAGAGGACACAAGUUACGAGGACGCCGUGAGAUGGAAGAACGACCUGGGCGAGGAUUGA